AUGCUAUUCUGUAUGAAGAUACCAUCGGCCAUUAUGUUAUGGAUAGUACCGUUUCUGCUGAUCCCUUUGUGUUCUGCGAAUAGUGAAAACUGCACCAACAAGGUGAGUUUGAUUUGUGAAAUUUCAGAUGAUCGAGACUUUAUUUGAUAUCAGUGAUUAAUCGAGAAAGUUAAUGGUCGUUGAUUGCAUUAUUCAUUUGUUUGAGAAAAUGUAAUAAAAUGGAAUGGAAUCAAUAAGAGUAUGAGUCAGAAUGGUUGUCCUAACAUCCGGCGCCGUUUUCAACAUUUAUUUUUUGAUAUGUAGACAAGCUUUAUGCUUCACUUGUAAUUAAUAUCUGAAUAAUACAUAUUAAUAAUAGAAUUUUUAAUCCAAAUGGAUAGUCCCCUAGUGAAGUAAUGUAAAUGAACAGGAAAUGAAUAGUUGAACAAUAAUAAAAUGAUCAUUAGCAGUGAGCUUGAAUAACUGAACAAACGAUGGACUUGAUAUAUAUAACUGAAUGAAACAAGCAGUGAGAGUCAUGUAGAGUGUCAGCGGCCAAAAGUAGACUCCUUCACGCGUCUUGUAUUACUGUACUUAGCUUACAUCUGCUUUUAUUUAUCUAUUAUUAAUAUUAUUAUUAUUAUUAAUUAAUAUUCAUUGUCAAUUAUUUAAUUACUUAUUCUUCAAAGGCUAUUUAAGAAACAAACAUCCCCGAGAAGUGCAUUAACUUUAAAUCAAGAGAAUGAAUAAUGUAUUGACCUCUCUCUCUUUUUCUUUUUCAUUUCUUCCCUUAAUUUCCUCAACAGAAUUCACAACAUAGCUCUUGUGGUUACUCUGCGUGCUUCUGCGCACCGGGGAUACCGGGCAUCCCAGGAAGCCCGGGACCCGCGGGACCGGCUGGUACACCGGGAUCACCCGGAAACAACGGACCCGAAGGACCUAUGGGUCCACGAGGAGUCGAAGGCGAUGAAGGACCCCGUGGAAAACAAGGACUUCCAGGCAACAGGGGAGGUACAGGGUCAACUGGUCCAGCAGGCCCAAGUGGAAACAAGGGUAAUGCAGGCCCCCCUGGAAGCCAAGGUCCCCCUGGUCCCAAGGGACAACAAGGCCCCUCGGGUCAAGCUGGAAAGAGGGGUGAUACAGGUCCUCCCGGAAGUCAAGGUCCCUCAGGUCCCAAGGGGUCUUCAGGGUCUUUUGCACGUAACUGGAAACAGUGCGUUUUUAAGGGUCUGAGCGAUAGCAGGGACUCAGGAUUGGUCAAGGUAAAAGCCAAGUUGGCCUCCGAAUAAAAAGUUCGUCAGUACUUGGGUUUUAUUUAAAAAGAUAGAAUUUCAUUUGAUAGUCUUGUUCGCAAAUUUGCUUGGAUUAUAACCAGCGGCCCUUGUGGCUCAUUUCUUUAAUUAUUUAUUUCCUUUACUUCCAAAAAAUUAACAAUUUUAUCGAGUAAAUGUCAAAUGUUUUUACAAGGAAGCACUCCUCGGCAGUUUUGAAUGGUAAUACCAUAGGAUUUUGUUCACAGAUUAAAGUGUUUGUUUAACCCACCUUGUACCACUGUACCAUACGAAAGCGUUGUUGAAGAGCUAUAAUUCAGUGUCGGAUCCAGACUUUGCCUCAGUUUGGUCUAAAAAUAAGUGGGGGGUUCCCUGAAUCCCGCCACUGUAAUUUGAAUCGUCGUAACUUAAGAUAUCAUAGACUCUAUAGUUAGUCAGAGCAUUCUCUCUGUGGGUAAAAGGAUUAAAAGAUGGUAAUCUUGAAUUUGGUUGGUUGCUCUUUCCUUUCAACAGGAAUGCAUUUUCAAGAAGACGUCGGACAACACAAGUCUGCGUGUCUACUGGAGUGGUCAGCUCCGGCUCUAUAACUGCGACGCCUGUUGCAGGCGAUGGUAUUUCACUUUUAACGGUGCUGAGUGCUCUGCUCCAGCAGCUAUUGAUGGUGUAGUCUACAUGAGAUAUGGAACUGGUAGCAGACUUAAAGAUUUGCACCGCCCACGUCACGUUGAGGGAGUCUGCAAUAAAAUCCACAAAGGCACCGUGCGCGUGGGAUUCUGGGUUGGCAACUGCGCAGGUUACGGUUCUGCUGAUGCGCACACAGGAUGGAACUCGGUGUCCCGGAUCUACGUGGAAGAAGUACCACCCCCGCAAGCUUAA